GCCAGUCUUGGCAUUGGCAAGGACGCUCGCAUCGUCUCCAAAAGGCAGCUUGGUGGCGUGAAGUCCAAAGCCGGAAGAAGCUCCAGAAGGAGGGCGACCUCGAGGAGGUCCUCACCCGUGUGACGCGAAGUCAUGUCGCCGUCCGCCCGUCUGCCGACAUCAAGGAUUCGCUGCUGCUCCUGCACGCCGACCCGGCGGUGCUCCUGAUUCCAGACCUUUGGAGCCCAGAGGCCUGUGAAAAGCUGAUUCUGGCGGCGCAAUGCA